AAUUAAGGAAAAUGGAUUUAUUAUUCCAACGAAAAGAAAAUUAUAUGGUUAUCAGUGGUAACCUCCCACCUUCCCCUUCACAAAGAGCCCACCUUUUUUUCUCUCGUGGUCUGGUGUGCGUGAGAAGCGUGUGCAAGGAGAGAGCACAUUAAGAAGGUCGUCCGCGGUUGGACGGAUUCGUUCGUUUCGAGCGUCCCUCGCUCCCUCUCUCCUUCGCUUUCCCUUUUUUUUUUUUUUCUACGUCGAAAUCCGAUGAGCGGGCGAGAGAAAACAAGAGCCGAGAACGAGGGCUAACGAGUAGUCUGCUAUCCUUUGGCCUCUUUGGCUUUGCCUUCGAUUCCUCCACCGUUUCUUUCUCCCCCUUUAUUCCCCCCACCCCCUGCUCUCAGGAAUCCACCUCUUUGCUUCUUUCCCCACCUCUCGCACUCUCUCCCUUUCUCUCUCUAUAUCCCGUUUUCUUCUCUGGGAUUCGCAAUGGCGGUUCAAGCGCAAUACCCUUCCAACGUUCUACUUCUUGGCACCAGAGGUGAGCAAGAGAGGAAGGAAAUGGAUUAUCCCCAGGCCCCUCCCGGGUUCCUCGAUCAAUCCGCAGUGUUCUUCUCCGAUGGAGUAAAUGGGAAUCCCAGGAAGAGGGGAAGAGAGCUCGCGGCGGUUCCAAUGGCGGCCCCGGCGCAGCAGAACCACCCGAUUAGCCUCUUUUCAUUGCAAUCUCAGCCUUGUUCGACGCCUCUUCCUCUCCCGACUGUUAUAAGCCUCACCCAGCUCCAGAGCCAGACGCCGCCGCUCGUCUCCACCGGCCUCCGCUUGGCCUUCGAAGACCAACAGCAGCAGCACCAAGAACAGAACCAGAACCAAUACGUUCUCUCCUCUUCUUCCUCCUCUCUCCCCUUCUCCUCCUUCCUCUCGGAAGAACUCGCUACCGAAAUCAACAAACAGAAGGACGAAAUCGAGCAAUUCCUCCACGCCCAGGGAGAGCAACUGCGGCGGGCGUUGGCGGAGAGGCGGCAGAGGCACUACCGGGCGCUGCUGGGCGCCGUGGAGGAGUCAGCCGCGCGGAGGCUACGAGAGAAGGAAGCGGAGGUGGAGCGGGCGGCGCGGCGGAGAGCCGAGCUCGAGGACCGCCUCGCUCGCCUGAGGACCGAGUCGAUGGCGUGGCAGGCCAAGGCCAUGGCCGAGCAGGCCGCCGCCGCCUCCCUCCACGCCCAGCUCCAGCAGGCCGCCGCAGCUGCCGCCGCCCUGCCCCACGGAAAGGCGGAGGAGUGCGGUGGCGAGUUGCCGGCGGAGGACGCCCAAUCGGCCCACGUCGACCCGGACCGGGUCGAUCCGGAGCGGGCGUGCCGCGCGUGCCGGUACCGGCCGGUCUCUGUGGUGCUCCUCCCCUGUCGCCACCUCUGCCUCUGCUCCGCCUGCGCCGCCGCCGCCGCUAGCGACGCCUGCCCCGUCUGCCGCUGUCUCCGAACCGGAAGCGUCCAAGUCUUCUUCUCUUGAGGCGCCACGAGUCCCGUCACCGCUCCUCGAUCACCCGCCGUCCAGAACGACUAAAAGAAAAAGGAAAAAUAAAAUAUUAGAACUAGUAGAGAGAAAAAAAGCGGAAUGAAGAAGGAAACAACUCAUCGUUUCUCUUUACUGUUUUGAGAUUGAGAUGAACAGUUAUCCAUCUCUUCUUUUUCUUUUUUUUCUGUUUUUUGCAAAGAUUAAAUUUAUAUAUUAAUUCUUUUAUUGGGUGUAAAUUUGAUGAAGGUAAGCGUACCUUUAAUUCUUUUAUUGAGCGUAAGUUUGGCGGGGUAAUACGAGUAGCAUUUAGCGUGCAUGCGGCCGGCAUUGGCGGUGACCGCACCCACGCCUUCCAUCUGGCCGUGGGGCGCUGGCGUCCGGUGCGGUUAAGAUACCAGGCACCGCCGGCGAUCCGUGCGAUCGGUUGUUCGCGAGCGGAGCGGAACGGAGAUGGCGACACGAGCGAGUAGAGCCGUACACGUGCCCCGUUGGCGUCGCAGGGCGUCGGUACCCCGGAACGUGGUGCGUCCGGCCGUUGAAGGGGGCCGAGUAUGGGCCGUCUGAUGGUUUCCGGCCGCGCACCGAUUCGGCGGACGUUUAAUGGGGUUGGUUGUCCCCGUUCACACGUGUUCGGCUGCGAAGGAAGGAGACGACGAACCUAAUAAAAGAUAACGGGCCGGGCCUAGGAUGUCACAACCUGGGGUGGGCUCCGACAAAUACAUGAUGGACCAUUAAUUGGAUGGUGAAGAUCUGGUCACUUACUGCUCAUAAAGAUUCGUGAAUUGGAAAGGACUGGAUGCACUGUGAACUUGGAUAGGGCUAAAGCUAGAUGAUGUCAUGCAGGGAUUAGAAGGCUUUAUGCAUUUGUAUUAUAAAUUUUUUCGCUGCACCUUAUAAUUUUGCACUACUUAUGUUGCAA